GUCUCAGUUCACUCAGAUCGCUUGGACAGUGCGGUUCGUUUUUGAUUUCGGCCUUAAGCGCGAGCUUUGGAAAAAGUAAAAAAUAUAUAUAAAAACGCCGGAACUGCUGCCUAAACCUGUUUUGGCCAAGUGAACACAACAACAAUAGCAGCGAAAACGCAUGCAAGUGACGAAACGACCUUAAGCAAAAGCAAGAAAAAUUAUAAAUAAUUUACUUGGCUAUCAAUUAAUAUUAAACAUACAUAUAUAUGUAUGUUUUUGAAAUCUGACCAUCUUCAGUGACGCAGCGAACCCGGGAAAAAACCCGAAAUGCAAAAUGCUGCAGCGUGAAUAAGCAUUCAAAGACAUAAAAUCGAUUCAAAAAUUUUAAAAAAUUAAAACGUGGCUUUGGAAGUGGGAGUGAAAUAAACCAGACCGGGAUAACAAAGGAAGGAAAUAAGAUGACAUUGAGCAGCAGAGUUCUUUGUCUGCGAUUGCAGCACCAUUUACUACUGGUUAUUUUAACGAUUUUCCUGCUAUGCCCCGCCGCAUUGGCUCAGAACGAAGAGGAGGAUGGUCCGUACCGGGGAAAAUAUCUGGGGAAACUGAACUCCUACCAUCAUCAAGUGUCCGGCGAUGUGUACGCCGUGAAUGAGUACACCUUUCUGAUUGUGGGCUUCAACUACGACGGCAACGGGGCGGAUACGUUCUUCUGGUCGGGCGCCAGUAAUCGGCCGGGACCGCAGGGGUUCAUUGUGCCCGAUGAGUAUGGCAAAACCAACAUCCUGGAUCGCUAUCACAACAAGGAUUUCACGCUGACACUGCCGGAUCGAAAGAAGAUAACUGAAAUCAAAUGGCUGGCGGUGUACGAUCUGAGCAGUCAAAACAACUUUGGCGACGUGUAUAUACCCGAGGAGUUUGAUCCACCGAUGAGCCAAUUGGGCGGAACCUUCUCCAAGCGCAGUCACAAUGUGAGCAGCAGCAGUGUUGAGAUCUUGGACUCAAAGACCAUUCGCAUCAAGGACUUUACCUACGAUGGGCGCGGCAAGAGGACAUUUUUCUGGACAGGAGUCGGGCCACAGCCGUCGAGUCGAGGAAGCAAGCUGCCAGAUGAGCGAGGAUACCUUGAUCCUAUAAGACAGUACAACAAGGAGACCAUAGAACUGGAACUGCCUGGCGAUAAGACUAUCUUUGACAUCGAUUGGAUCAGUGUCUACGAUGUGGCUGACAAUGAGAACUACGGUCAUGUCCUGUUCAACGAUAAACUGAAUGUUCCGCCAUCCCUGGUGAAAGUUACGCCAUUCGAAUUCUCGCUGCCCAAUUGCCGGCAGCUACACAAGGAUAUGCAGGUGUCCUGGGAGGUUUUCGGACCGCAGAUCACGUUUCAACUAUCCGGUCAGGUGGGCGCCAACGAUUAUAUGUCUUUCGGCAUAUCCGGAUCUGAUGUAUCCAGCCAGAUGAUUGGCUCUGAUGUCGUGGUGGCCUAUAUAGACGACAUCAGAGGCUACACCGUGGACUACAAUAUCACUUCGUUGGCGCCGUGCGUUCAGGUUUUGGGCCAAAACAAAGGAGUUUGCCGGGACGAUGUGGUUGGUGGAUUGGAUAGCUUCCAGUUGAAUACGUAUAGUCGCAAAGAUGGCAUUAAUACGAUCAGUUUUAGGCGGACCCUCAAGUCAUCCGAUGAUGGCGAUAAGGAGAUCUUCCUAGACCGCAGCAACUAUGUGAUCUGGGCCUUUGGCCCAUUGGACUCGAACAACGAGCCCGCCUUUCACACUUACUAUCCCAAGAGCGAUAUAGUGAUAGAUUUUAACACCACAGAACCGGUUAAUGAUUGCUUUGCGUUUACAAAACGAGCGGAGACGACUAAUCCUCCAGUGUGGGAGCGAACCAGGAUAACAGAUGCAACUGUACGCACCUUCAACGCUUACUUGGGACCCUCUGGAGGACUUCGUGGCUAUCAGGGAUUGACGAACCAUGUGUCCAGUGGCUUGGCCUGGUACAUCAACGGCUACAUGAUUCCAGAGCUUUACCUAAAGCGUGGUCUGACCUACACCUUUAAGGUCAGGGGUGGCAAUAAUCCUCACUCCCCGGAGCACUAUCAUCCGUUGGUUAUCACCGAUGAUCCCCAGGGUGGAUAUGAUCGGCUGUCUGAUGCGAAGCAGAGUGAGAUUCGUGUAUUGGCCGGUGUUGAGUUCACCAGGAGAGGCAGGCCCAAGCCCACGGCUGCUGGACCCCUGUGCCUGUCCAGAUAUCCUCAAAAUAGUGAUCGUCGGCUGGAUGAUAACUUCCCCACUUUCAAGAAGUUCAAUCGAUCGCUGAUCACCGAGUGUGUGGAAGGGGAACCGGCUCUGUUGGAAAUUACUCCAAAUAUCACGUGGCCGGAUACUGUGUACUACAACUCCUUUACCCAUGGCAAUAUGGGCUGGAAGAUUCACAUCGUGGACAGUUAUACCAACUUGAAGAGUGGAUCGGUGGGCUUAUCCUGGUCCUUGUGCAUCAUCCUGCUACCGUGGCUCGUGCUCCAGAACUGACUGUUUUCUCAUUCUUAGAUUCUCCUACUUAGUGUCUUAGUCUAAAUUAAGCAGUCACAAUCUAUGUAUUUGAUACGCGUGUGUAGAAUGUAUGCUAAAUGUUGUGUAUAUUAUUAUUUAUAUGAUAUUUAAAUACAGAACUGUGUUGUACUUUAGAAGAA